CGAGUAACAUGUAUCUUCAUCUUCAAUCAGUUUUUAUCAUUUUUGUAGUGGGAAGUGUAUGGUCUCACAAAAAUGUAUCGGAGCUGAAGUUCCCCCCGUGGUUCAAAUUCGGAGCGGCCACCGCCGCCUACCAGAUCGAGGGAGGCUGGAAUAUCAGUGACAAAUCUCCCAGCAUCUGGGAUGUGUUCACUCACGAGAGCCCCGGGAUGAUCAGCGACGGUGGCGCCGGAGACGAAGCCUGCGACAGCUACCGCCUGUGGCGAGAAGACGUUAAGAUCGUCGCCGACCUCGGCUUGGACUUCUACAGAUUCUCUAUAUCGUGGCCAAGGUUACUGCCGUCCGGGUUCCCCGACCGCAUCAGCUCGGCCGGGCGGCGGUACUACAGCGAGCUGAUAGACGGUCUGCUGGCAGCCGGCGUGGAGCCGGUCGUCACUGUCUACCACUGGGAUCUGCCGCAGUCCCUGCAGGAUCUGGGCGGUUGGACCAAUCCUCUCAUCUCCGAUUGGUUUGCGGACUACGCCCGAGUGGUGUUCUCCCUAUACGCUGACAGAGUCAAGACCUGGAUCACCAUCAACGAGCCAGUAAUUUACUGCGAUGCCUCGUACACAAUGGGAGUGGCUCCUAAGGUCCAGAGUCCAGAAAUAGGGCUGUAUCUAUGCAAGAAACAUGCGCUUAUCGCUCAUGCCAAAGCCUGGAGGAUAUAUGAUAAGGAGUUUAAGCCCAAAUACCAUGGUAAAGUGUCGCUAUCCAACCUAAUAAUGUGGUUCGAGCCAGACGACGAUGGCGAAGAAGAAGUCGCAGAACUGGCACGGCAGUAUGGUGGAGGUAUGUACUCACACCCUAUCUAUUCCAAAGAAGGGGGUUGGCCACCAGCGAUCGAGCAGCUCAUAGCCAAGCGGAGUCUGGAACAGGGGUACCCUCGGUCGAGGUUGCCAGCCUUCACGGAACAUGAAAUUCAAUUAACUCGAGGCACAUACGACUUCUACGGUCUCAACUAUUACACGGCCCGGCUAACGCGGCGGGCGAGAUCAGGGGAGAGGAUAGGUAUCUGGCCUUUCUCCGGAAUAUCUGAACUGAACAUAACCUUCACCACCAGACCGGAGUGGAAGAAGGCGCCGCCAUUUUGGUUCUAUAUAUACCCGGAAGGUCUUCGCCAUCUGAUGACGUGGCUGAGAGACCAGUACGGAGACAUGGAGUUUUUCAUCACGGAGACCGGGGUGUCGGACUACGAUGGUAGACUACACGAUGUGGACCGCGUGGAAUACUAUCAGAAGCAUUUGGAGCAGGUUCUGUUAUCCAUACACGAGGACCAUGUGAACGUGACCGGCUUCACGGCGUGGACGCUGAUGGAUGACUUUGAAUGGAUAGAUGGAUAUAGAUCCAAGUUCGGUCUAUACGCAGUGGACUUCUCAGACCAGCAGCGUCGCCGCACACCGCGUACAUCUGCGGUUUACUACCGCAAUGUCGUCCACACCGGCUCCAUCACGCCGCCAAAAUACUCACCAUACUCUGAUAAUGGAGUAACGAAUAAGAUUUUUAGUUGUACAAAUCUUUACAGUUUAAUUAUCACGGUUUAUUAUGUAUUGGAUUUUCAAAAUUGUUGAAUAUGUUCAUGUUCUAAAAAAUCUGGCUUAUACCGCUUU